AUCAAAUCGAAGCUUCGAUCUCGCGCUACCAGGCGGCAGGCCCGCCGACGACCACGACCGCGACCACGGCGAUCACGACGAACGCGAUCACGAAGAGCCAGCAACAGCAGCCACCUCGCACUCCUCCUCGUGGAAGCGCACCUGUGUCAAGCGCGCGCCGCGUGCGUGUCUCUCGCUCACAAACACUCGCGAACUCAGCAGAAGCGGCGUGAGUCCGAGCGACGACGCAUCGGGGCACGUCGUACGUCGAGCGUCGCGACGAAGCAUCAGAGCUAGUUCUCCGGGAGGAACACGCACGCAGUCUGACUUCCUCGACUCGCGACCUCUUCGUCUUCAACUACUUGUUGCACUCGAAGGCGCGAUGAAAGAGACGCCAGUGAAGCAGGAGAUCAAGUUGGAGUGGGAAGGUCACGCUGAUGACAAUUCGUCUCACGUUCACGGGACGGAAGAUCAGAUGGUCGGCAGUCCUCAAAGUGUCAUUACGAGGAGGCAUGUGAGGACCAUCACUACUGCCGGCCACAUCGAGGAUAGUUCCGAGGUCGAUCCGGAAUCGCCGGACUCCAAUACUAUCAGCAGAAAUCUUCAUCGGGGACUUCACCAGCGGGCAGGAGAGCAACACGAACAAGCCCAGCAACGCGGCUACCAAGAAGAACAGCAGCAAACUCAUCAGACGCAGGGUCAUUACGUUCAGAUACCUCAUCCAGGCGUGGACGAGCAGCAACGAGCGACGGAUCAACAACGUGUUGUUUACGCCACUAGCAACGGCCAGCAAGUCCAAGUCGAGGUCUCUGAGACUCCGGAAGCUACUAUCACACUUACGGUCAAGGAACCGCCCAGAUACGAGACGCCCGCGCCCGACCGUAUGGAAGUGGACCGCAUCUACGCCUACUCGGAUGGCCACGAGAUGCGAAGGGAGAACCAUGUGAUCGCCGUGCAGGUGCCCGAUCAUCAUCGGCGAGCGCAGCAGGCCGCACAUAGCCAAAGAUUCAGUCCUCACGAGAAUCACCAAGCGUCCGGGUCGAGCAACAACAAUGCCAGAUACCAGGCGUCACCGGUAUUGGCCACGACGGAGGAUUACGACACGUCGACGAUCGUGACACAGCCGGGAUCCACGGUUCACCUGGGAUCGCCCGCACCGCCGUAUUCGCCGCCGAUCGAGGGCAUCCGCGCCGGGCAACAGCCUCAACAGCAACCACCGCAACAGCAACUCGUGGCGACGAGCUACGCCGACGUCAAGUACGACACCGAGGCCGCCGUGGCCGCGGAGAGUAUCAAAGCCUCCAACACGUACACCACUCUGGAGACGGUCGCUAUUCCAUCUACGCAGCCUGUCCAGUAUACACAGUACCUUUCAGCUAACGAGAAUUUCCAGCAGGCGUCUACGUAUAGCUACAGCAAGCAGGGUGACUCUGUGAUAUUGGCAUAUCCGCCGGCGACACAGCUGGGCUCGAGGUCCACCGAGGUGGAAUCACCCGCCAACGCAUACAUGAAGGGUGACCCUACAUUGGCAUCGUCCAUAUCCGCCGCAUCCCGGACGCUUCCGUUACACUAUGAGCAACCAGGUUCGCCAGGCUCGCAGGUAACGCUCUACAGCGCGGGCCCAGCGUCCUAUCAGUACAUGAAGCCGCCGCCGUCGAGCGAUCCUUACUGGACAGCCAGCACGCCUUCGCCCCCAACUCUAGAAUACGUGCAGGGCUAUUCUGGCGUCACUGCGAUCUCCGUCAGCGAGGGGACUAACAUGCAGAUAUACUCGGGCGGCGUCUAUAGCGUCGCUGCGAGUGGCAAUGGACCACCGACUGCGUGGACUACCCUUCCCCUGUCCGGCCCCGAGGAGACGUUCGACGGCGCCGUCAUGACAACGGAGCCGAAGGAAUGCGCAAACUGCGCGGCUAGUUUGACGCCAUUGUGGAGACGAGACGGCACCGGCCAUUAUCUGUGCAAUGCCUGCGGACUCUACAGCAAGAUGAACGGGCACAACAGGCCGCCGAUGAGGUGCCCCAAGCCGAAGCAGACGAUCACGCCGGUAAACAUUACGGGCGUGCGAAGAACGGGGGUGCAAUGCGCGAAUUGCAAGACGAGCAACACCACGCUCUGGAGACGAAACAACAGCGGCGAGCCGGUCUGCAACGCCUGCGGCCUUUAUUUCAAACUGCACAAUAUGAACAGGCCUCUGAGCAUGAAAAAGGACGGGAUACAGACGCGCAAGAGGAAACCAAAGAAUCAUACAAACCUCAGCGGCAACCUGCCCGGGCCGAGUGGCGUUCAUAAGACCGAUAUCAAGUCCAAUCUACUCGUGGACUCGUUGCAGUUGAACGUGUAUACUUGCGGGGGUGGGGGUGGUGGAGGGGUCGAAGAACAUUGUCUUCCUGUAGGUACACCGUCUGCGGCACAAUUAGGGCAUGCACACUCGCCCCUCGCAUUACCUACCGCUGCCGUGUUGAAUCGCCAAACCACCCUUACCGUGCCACCUCUAGAACCAAUCACUAGUCAGUCCAGCAGCGACCUUGCCUCAGUUAUAACGUCAACAACCACCACUCAUAUCGAGAGACCAUCAUAGAAAAAGGAUCACUUCAGCAGAGCUGUUCAGUUAUUGCGAAUUCGGAAUUAUGUUUAGGAAACAAUUAUUGAGAUGCGUUCCUAUCGCUUAUUUAUAUUUAUUGUUAAGCAUGUUUUACCUAUAACAAUUCGUUCCAAUUAAAAAAGUAAAAAAUAAGAUGCGUUGCGCGUCAUAAUAUCGAUGCGUUUACAUUAUAUCUUUUAUCGUUGCGAUUCAUUUACAUUAUAUCUUUCGCGCUUUGACCAUGUUUGUAGAGAUCAAGCUGACUUCUACAAAAUAAUGAAAACACAUGAUUUUUAUAACGAGUAUAAUCUCGAUAAAAUUUUCUAGUACAAUUUAGUACUGAUUGCGCAAAUUUGUACAUAUAUAAUUAUAAUACGUGGUCCAAAGAUAUACGUACGUAAGGCUGUAUUUUAAUUUUCUCCAAAGAAUAAUAUAUACACACACAUACAUACAC